AUGUGCAAGUCUUUUUGGUUGUGGGUUGUACUUGGAGUUUUGCAGCGAGCUGGUGCCCAGUUUCCCCGCGCCUGUGUCACUGUGUCGGCUCUGCUGUCCAAACAAUGCUGUCCGGCUCAGGGCUCGGAUCCCAGUGUGCUGUGUGGAGCUGAGACCAGCCGCGGCCAGUGCGCUGAUGUGCGAGUCGAUGAGAAACCCUGGAGCGGUCCCUAUAACCUUCGAAACGUGGACGAUCGAGAGAGAUGGCCUUUGAAAUUCUUCAAUCGGACCUGCAGAUGCACCGGAAACUUUGCUGGAUACAACUGUGCAGAGUGUAAAUUUGGGUGGAUAGGCCCCAACUGUGACCUGAGAAAACCUCCAGUUACUAGAAAAAAUAUCCUUUCACUUACGCCAAAGGAGCUACAGCAAUUUUUGGAUGCAUUGGACCAAGCUAAAACUACGGUUCAUCCAGAUUAUGUGAUUGCUACCCAACACUGGUUAAGUUUACUGGGGUUGAAUGGAACUGAGCCACAAGUUGCAAAUGUUACCAUAUACAAUUAUUUUGUAUGGCUUCACUACUACUCUACCAGAGAUACACUCCUGGGUCCUGGUCGUCCAUUUAAAGGAAUCGAUUUUUCUCACCGAGGCCCAGCUUUCUUGACCUGGCAUCGGUAUCAAUUAAUGUUGCUCGAAAGAGAUUUACAGAAACUCAUUGGAAAUGCAUCAUUUGCAUUGCCGUAUUGGAAUUUUGCUACAGGAAGAAAUGAGUGUGAUGUGUGCACGGAUUCUCUAUUAGGAUCUAUGAGACCUGAUGACCCAACCUUAAUCAAUCUGAACUCCAGAUUCUCCCAGUGGGAAAUUGUGUGCAACAGUUUGGAUGAAUACAAUCGUUUGGUGACCCUUUGCAAUGGAACACGUGAGGGUCCAAUCAGAAGAGGUUUGAUGGAGAGAGGCAGCGUAAAGCUGCCAACCAUGGAGGAUGUUCGCAGUUGCUUAUCCAUUCCAGAAUUUGACACGUCACCUUAUUUCCAGAAUUCAACCUUUAGCUUCAGAAAUGUGCUUGAGGGAUUUGAUAAUCCAGAUGGUGAAUUUGACCCCCCGUUUCAGAAUCUUCAUAACCUUGUUCAUUCUUUUUUGAAUGGAACAAGCGCUCUAGCACACUCUGCAGCAAAUGAUCCUCUCUUUGUGGUGCUUCAUGCCUUCACUGAUGCUAUUUUUGAUGAGUGGAUGAAGAGAUUCAAUCCCUUAAUUAGCUCCUGGCCAGAGGAGAUGGCACCUAUUGGGCAUAACAGGCAAUUUAACAUGGUGCCAUUUUUCCCACCUGUGACCAAUGAGGAACUCUUUAUAUCCGCAAAUGAGCUUGGCUACUCGUAUGCAAUUGAAUUACCAGGUAGUACCUAUCCUGAUCCUCCCUUGGGUGUGAUACUCGGUGCAACCUUCGGUACAGCCUUUUUGGGUCUUGUCUUGCUGAUUCUUCUAGUGAUGAUUAUUGCACACCAAAGAAAGAGAAGGGGCUUUGAACCCUUGAUAUGCGCAGAGUUUACCCCCCAAAAGUACACUGAUGAAGCUGAGUAAAUGCAUCAAUAUGUCUACUAGUGGCCAAAUUCUGGUAAUGACAAAUAUCUACUAUUAUCCCGGGUGAAUGUAGAACCACAUAUGCAAUUGUGUGGCACUUACUAUCUCAUCAAUAAAUUCUAGUUGCCCCUGUAAAA